AUGAACGGGGACAAUACCAACUUGACAAUACUGGAGCCAGGGGCAAGCACAAUCGGCACAGUCUGCAGCGAAGUGAAGUGUGUAGUAGUGAUUGUGUCUGGUAGGCCUCUGGUGGUGGAGCCUUAUGUUGAUCGAAUUGAUGCACUUGUCGUUGCUUGGUUGCCGGGAUCCGAAGGCCAAGGAGUGGGUGAUGUUCUAUUUGGAGAUUACGCGUUCGCCGGAAAAUUGCCUCGGACUUGGUUCAAGACUGUUGAUCAACUGCCAAUGAAUGUUGGUGAUGCUCAUUAUGAUCCUCUUUUCCCCUUUGGAUUUGGACUCACUACUCAGCCUAUUGCUAAUACCACCAUGGCUUAAUUAUUUUCUUUUUUUUAGCUUUUAGAAUUUGUAGGUUGUUAAUAUUUUUCAUGGGUAUAUAAGUAUAUGUUUUGGAGUAAACAG